UGGAACAAAUGACAGAAAACCCAGUCUGGUGAUAAAUCUGUCAUCGCUAGAAAAACGUAAAAAAUCAUUCCUUUUCUGAGUGAAGUGUUUGUGUUGCGCUUAAGUUUUGCAUAAAUAUCCUUGAAAAUGGUUUCGCUCAAUCCGGUCCGUAUUUUAAAGAACGAAGCAGAGGAGGAAAAGGGAGAAAUCGCUCGGCUGUCGUCGUUCGUGGGAGCGAUUGCCAUCGGCGAUCUGGUCAAAAGUACACUGGGACCCAAGGGGAUGGACAAGAUUUUAGUCUCUCAUGGUCGUAACGCUGGUCAGAUUCAGGUCACCAACGACGGGGCUACAAUUCUGAAAGCCGUCGGUGUUGAUAAUCCCGCUGCAAAGAUUCUGGUUGAUAUGAGUCGCGUUCAGGACGAUGAGGUCGGCGACGGAACUACGUCGGUCACGGUGCUUGCGUCGGAACUGCUUCGAGAGGCGGAGAAGCUGAUCGAGAAAAAGUUACAUCCACAAACGAUUAUUGCCGGAUGGAGAGCUGCGACCAAAGCUGCGAGGGACACUCUGAUUGGGUCUGCUCAGGAUAACUCUGCGGAUGCCGAAAAGUUCCGGGAAGAUCUGAUGAACAUUGCAAGGACCACACUGAGUUCGAAAAUUUUAUCGCAGCACAAGGAACACUUUACGAAACUGGCGGUCGAUGCCGUACUCCGGUUGAAAGGUUCAGGUGAAAUGACUGCCAUUCAGUUGAUCAAAAAGACCGGCGGUUGCUUGGAGGAUUCCUUCCUGGACGAGGGUUUCUUGUUGGACAAAAAACCCGGUGUACAUCAGCCGAAGCGUGUAGAGAAUGCAAAGAUUCUUAUUGCGAACACUCCGAUGGACACGGAUAAAAUAAAGGUGUUUGGUUCGAAUAUUAAAGUGGAUUCGAUGGCAAAAAUUGCGGAACUUGAGGUCGCAGAAAAGGAAAAGAUGAAAGACAAAGUCAACAAAAUUCUCAAUCACAGCUGCAACGUUUUCAUCAAUCGUCAGCUGAUUUACAAUUAUCCGGAGCAGUUGUUUGCCGAUGCGGGUGUAAUGGCCAUAGAACAUGCCGACUUUGAUGGCAUUGAGCGUUUGGCGCUGGUCACCGGUGGGGAAAUUGUAUCUACAUUCGAUAACCCGGGCAAUGUUAAACUGGGUCGUUGUGAUCUGAUCGAGCAGGUUAUGAUAGGUGAGGACACUUUGCUGCGUUUCAGCGGUGUCCCUCUGGGCGAAGCCUGCACCAUUGUGAUUCGUGGUGCCACGCAGCAGAUUAUCGAUGAAGCGGAACGUUCACUGCACGAUGCCUUAUGUGUGCUGACAGCGACCGUUAAGGAGACUCGCAUCGUUUACGGUGGAGGUUGCUCGGAAACGCUAAUGGCAACGUCCGUUUUCAAACUAGCCGCUGAGACUCCUGGCAAGGAAGCAAUGGCUAUUGAAUCGUUCGGUCGAGCGCUGUUGCAACUUCCGAUCACGAUUGCGGAUAAUGCCGGUUAUGAUUCCGCCCAGUUGAUCUCGGAACUUCGGGCAGGACAUUCGCAGGGAAAGUCCACAUUGGGACUGAACAUGUACGAAGGUAAAGUGGGUUGCAUGAAGGAACUGGGAAUCACCGAAUCGUUCGCUGUCAAGAGACAGGUGCUGAUGUCUGCUUCCGAAGCCGCCGAGAUGAUUCUGCGUGUGGACAACAUUAUCAAAUGUGCACCAAGGAAGCGUGUGCCGGAUCGUGGCUACUGCUAAGCUUGUUUUUAGUGUACUAUUUCUCGUUUUUCGUGUAAUCAAUUAGCACAUCCUUGAUGAGUUACUUUUCCCGAAAAAUUUGCUCGCUUUAACUUAUCACACACUUACAACUACAUUUACUCUGAGCCGAUGAGCUGCAUACUAACCUUGUUAUCAACAAAUAAUAAAGGUUCUACAUACUCACCAA